AUGGAAUAUUAUGUGCAAUCUCGCCUUGCCGCACCUCUCUUUUUUAUAAGUGAUCAUGUAAUUUUUGUCAUUCACUUCAGUCUGUACCAUGUCUUGAAGGGCCAGAAGAUUUUUAGAUGUAUUUAUCUUUGUAACGUGUCUUUGCUUAGAUUCGACUAUGUAGGCAAAUUUUGGAAAGAGAAAGGGAAUCAUAAAGUUAUAAAUUACCAUGACUACAUGAGUGGUGGAAUUCAAUCGAAUCCAAACGAUUUGCUUGCUGUCUCAAAUCAGUCUGAGAUAGAAGACAACGGUGAGAUCAAUUGCACUCAUACUGAAUGGUUGAGGGGUUGA